CAUUGUACUAAUGGCACUGGGUAGGAAGGGGUUAACAUCUGGGGUGAUCAAAGGGUUAACUGUGUGCUGUUCCACAUUAUGUGCUAUGUGCAGGGGCGGACUGACAACUAAUGGGGCCCCAGGGCAAUAGGGGAUCAUGGGGCCCCUGUGUCCUUGCCCAAACUCAAAAAAGCCUAUAAAAAAGGUACCAGGGCCAUUUCAUGGGGCCCCCCUACUGACCCCGGGCCCUCGAGCAGUGCCCAAGUGCUCGAAUGGUCAGUCUGCCCCUGGUGUCUGU